ACCAACGCCCAGCAAUUAACUCUCGACAACACUUCGACGCGUGCGACUACUAAUCUUUUAGGGAUUCCCAUUUAUGAAGCAUCACUAAAUAGCGACUCGGCCCAGUUAGCGCAUACUUAUCGCGCGGUGAUACCUCGAAUCGUUCGGCUCCCAGCGUGUCCCACAUCGAAUCGCCAAACAACGAGAACAGCAAAACAACUCCAACACAGACAGAUUUUACGACAGUGCACUGUCAACUCUGAAAACAAUGGCGGCGGACGUACCGGAUCAGUAUUAUACGGAAGUUGCACGGCUGGAGUCGUUUCACACAGCGCAACCACUACCGAAACGACGAGGGUCCAAUGCGACAGGACGCGCCCCAAAGUCUAUGAAAUGGCCACAUUCAUGGCUCGGCCCAGAACAACUUGCGGCAGCAGGUUUCUUCUUCCUCCCAUCCCACGAGAACCCCGACAAUGUAAAGUGCUUCCUUUGCCGAGAAUCGAUAUGUGGGUGGGAGAAGGGCGACAACCCGCUUGAGGAGCAUCUAAAGCUGUCGCCCGGCUGCGGAUGGGCGGUCACGUCGUGUAUUGAGGCGAGAGUGGGUGAUAUGCAUCUGGAGAACCCGAUGAGUACGCGGAUGGUGGAGGCGAGGAAGGCGACGUUUGGGGAUCGCUGGCCGCAUGAGGGGAAGAAGGGGUGGAAGUGCAAGACUAAGCAGCUGGUGGAAGCUGGGUGGAUACACAAGCCGACGCCGGAAGGCGAUGAUUACGCGGAAUGUGUCUACUGUACUCUUGCACUGGAUGGCUGGGAGCCAGCUGAUAAACCAUUCCACGAACAUCAUGCUCGAUCCCAGGAUUGCGCCUUCUUCACACUUUGCAACCAACCGGAAAGCCCGAUUGCGAAGAAAGCUGCGAAGGGCAGGAAACCCCGCGCCUCCAAGGUUUCGAGAUUAUCAACACAAUCAGCCCUCACAGAAGCACCGUCUAUAGUUGACAUGGAUGUCGAUGAAGGUGAUAGUGUGAUGACAACUGCUACAACUGCGUCUCAAUCCACCCGAAAGGCGCCCAAAGGAAAGAAAGUCCCUGCAAAAGGCAGGAAGAAGAAGGAAGAGCCGGCUGAGGUCAGCGAGUUACCAGAGCCGGAAGACGAAGUCGAUGUCGUGCCAGUGGAACAACCAAAGCCCAAACGAGGGAAGAAAAGGGCCAGUGAAGCGAUGGAGGAUACUGCUAGUGUUAUCGAGGCUCAAGCUCCGCCGCCCAAACGGAGGACACGGGGAAGCAUUGCCGUUCAAGAGAGCGUAAUGGGCGAUGUGUCGAUGGAAGACGUCACUGUGACAGAACAACCACCAGCUAAGAAGGCUGCCCCAAAAAGGAAGGGACGCCAAUCGAAGACAUCGCGACAAGUCUCGACAGCUUCGCAGGCGUCCCUCCGCGCACAUGUUCCUGAUGACGAUGAAAUCGAUAAAAUGCUCGAAGAAGAUCUGAACAGGCCACUUACUGAUGAAGAGGAUGCUGUGGAAGCGAAACCAGUUGUUCACGAGGAGCCCAAGGCUUCUGUGGCACCAACUCGACGGGCAACACGCACUAGCAAGGUCGCGAAGACAGACUACGACAUGUUUUCAGCGGCAGAUGCGGAGAUAGAUGAGGCAGCUCUCGAAGCCGAGCUGGAGGCUAUGGAAAUCGAGGAAUCGAAACCUCUCCCCAAGGCAAGAGGUGCAAAGGCUAGCCAGCCACGAAAGGUAUCCGCAAAGCAAACAGCUGCAGCAAAGCGUGCUGCACAGGCUGAGGCCGCUGCUGCUGAGGCUGCGGCGGAGGCUGCGGCAGAGGCGGCCGAAGCAGCUGCAGUUGCUGAACUUGAGGCUGCUGAAGCGGAACUUGCUCACGCCCAAGCUGAAGAAGCAGCCGCUGCAGCCGCUGAACUUGAGGCUGCUGAAGCAGAACUUGCCCACGCUCAAGCAGAAGAAGCUGCUGCUGCGGAGCUCGAGGCUGCUGAGGCUGAACUCGCUCGAGCUCAAGCUGAAGAAGCAGCUGCCGCUGAACGUGAGGCUGCCGAAGCUGAAGCCGAAGCUGAAGAAGCUGCUGCCGCUGAGCGUGAGGCAGCUGAAGCCGAAGAAGCCGCCGCCGCUGAGCGUGAAGCAGCCGAACGUGAGGCUGCUGAAGCUGAGGCUCGCCGAAUCGAAGCUGAACAGGCGGAGUUGGAGCAGCAGCUGAAACCCGCGCCAAAGGCUCGAGCUGGCCGCGCAUCAAAGGCCAAGGCCGCGAAGCCAGCUGCGACGAGGGCAACGAGAGGCUCAACCAUGUCUGUCAAUGAGUCAAUGGUAUCCGCCUUAUCUCACCAAGACGACAGCGUAGCAACCGCCCACGACGACUCUGGUAACGAGACAGACGCCAGCCAAGCCACCGUCGUGCGUGGGGGAAAGAAGCGUGGCUCCACAUUGACCAAGAAGGCUAAGGGAGGGAAGAAAGCACCCAUCCGCAACAUUGAGGAUAUCAUCCAACCGUCCAUCGAGGAGCCACAGCCACAAGAAGAAGAACCUGCGCCCCAGCCACAGCGUCAGCGCGCAGUCGUCUCCAAGCGCGUAGCCAACAUCGAAGACCGCGUCAAAUCCCCGCCGCCACAGGUCGUAGCGCCCAAGCCGGCAAAAGCCCGCGCUGCGGCGUCGAAGGCGAAGGGGAAGGCGCCCGCUCCCGUAGCCGCAUCGCCUUCUCCCGCACCUGAAUCAGCGCCUGUUGAAGAGCCAACGCCACAGCCUGCGGUGCGCGCGAGGGCAGCGAGUAUCACGCCCUCGCCUUCACCGCAGAGUUCGGAUGCGGAAAACCGUCCCCCGAGCUCGCGGCCGAAUGCCUCGGCUGAGCAAGCAGCUCCCAUCCGCAUCCCACUCGCACCGACCCCCGGGACGCCGUCGAGGCGAAACAUGGUUGCUGGGCUGAAGAGCGGGGAGCCCUGGGUGGGCGUUGACUUGGACGAGGUAUUUGGGCACCUGAGGAGCGCGGAGAAGGAGAAGGAGAAUUUCGUGGUUGGAGGGGCGAAGGGGGGGUUGGGGAGGGGAGAGCUGACGGCGGAGGAGAGGGGGAUGACUGUUGAGGAGUGGGUGGGGUGGAAUGCGGGGGUUGCGGAGGAGAGGUUGAGGAGGGAGUGUGAGAGGAUGGUUGGGUGCUUUGAGAGGGAGGGGGGGAGGGCGAUGAGGGCGUUGGAGGGGGUGGAGGUUGUUGAGUAG